AUGAAUUAAAAUAAAAUUUUAGCUUUACUUUGCAUCUCUUUCUGUAUCUUCCAGAUUUCUCAAGCUACCUAAAAGGAUGCUUAUGUUUUGAGUUACCUCUGGCCUGUUUAUGAAAAUUAUUCCGGUGACAAAGAAUUCACUAAGUAGGACUUUCCUUUCUUCGAUGGAUCAAACUUUGCUAUCAACUAUUUCUAUCCUUUGCCUGAUUAAUCAUAUGUAUGCUCUCCUCCUAUCUGCAAUAACCAUCAUACCUUUAAUGCCACCAACAUUAAAGAAAAAGAUUACAUCUAUCUUGAAAAAUAUUUCCUUCGUUUUGGUUAGAAUAACUCUUAAACAAGUUAAGAUCUCUGGAAAAAUUAUGGAAGCUGCUAUAACCACUCCUAAACCUAAUAUUUCCACGCUAUGUCAUAGGCUCAUCAAAAACUCAAUGUUGUUGAAGCUCUUAAAGCUGAAAAUAUUGUUCCUAGUGAAGAAAUAAUUUAUGAGAGAUCACAAAUUUAAAAAGCUCUCUCUAAAAAAUUAAAUGGAUUGAUGCCUGAUCUUUUUUGCUCAAAAUUCACUAUUGAUUAAGAAAAAGGUGAAUCUUACUCCUACUUAAGACGUUUUGAGAUAUACUUUGAUAAAGAUCUUAAUCCUACUCAAAGUACUUAUUUGUGCACAUAUGAAUACUGUCCUGAUAAAAUAAAGAUUCCUCCUUUCAAAUUUUGA